GGCAAACAAAACUGGUGGAGCGGUUCUGCCUGUUCAGUCUUUGGACUUGACGACCUUUAUACCUAAGCCUGUGAUUCAAUACACUGAAUGGAAAAAAGUCACUUGGGCUUAACCGUGCGCCGGCAACACAAAUAAUGUGCAACCCGCAGUGAAUGCGAAACAGUAUACCACCGUCGUAAGAGAAAUCGAUUGACGGCAUUUUCUAGGCUUCCAAACAACACGUACUGCUGUGGACAGAACGUAUACGUACAUGUAUGUUGUAGUUCGGACCCUUUAUGAACACCAUUUUGUAACGUCACAGGUUUUGAGGGCUUCGUCGCUACACAACCCUUCUCGAUUAUGCCGGAAGAUAGCCAACUUGAUGAGUUCCAAGAAUCUUGCCUGGAAGCCCACAACCGGGUACGCAAAGAUUACGGCGCCGCGCCCUUAAAAUGGGCGGAGGAUGUGGCAACGCAGGCGGCAAACUGGGCGCAAAAUCUAGCAGAGAAGGGAUACAAGCAACACAGUGAAAACCAGCUGCUCGGAGAGAACAUACACAUCACGACACUGGAUGAGGACAUCAGCGGGGAGGGACUUGUCGACCUUUGGGAGAAGGAAACGGAAUACUACGAUUUCGACAAUCCCAGGUGGCAGAAAGGUACAGAACGAUUCACACAGAUGGUAUGGAAGAGUUCAACCGAAAUAGGAAUAGCCAAGGCUAAGAUGCUGAACGCUGAGCGGUAUGUGAUCGUCGUCAACUACCGGCCACCAGGUAACACCAAUCGUCCGAAUGACUUCAAAAAGAACGUCACCGCGAAGCAGUAAAAAAGCUGAGCCGUUUCUUAGAACUGGUGGUGUUUGAGACACAGGAUUAGAAUACUACUCUCGCACUAGAAGUGAGCGAUGCUUCCGAAAGAUUUCAACGCUCGGUAUAGAAUCCCUGUCGGAGAGCCAGUCACGGUCCAACGUACACCAGUUGACGUUUUGGCCGUAUUCGCACUUCAGCUGGCUGCUAGCUUAUCGACCAUUUUCAAGUUUUUCCUGUUUCUAGAUUUUGUUGCAAGGUAUUUAACUUUCCGGUGAAGACUGACGGCUGUUGUUUUGCAACCUUGAACUGGCUCUGAGAGCCAAUCUUUAUGUCUCUGUUACACCUGGCCUGUGUAAUUGACAUGGAAAUAUCACUGACAUUGAUUUCAAACUAUUUGUUUGGCAGGUAAAUUACAUCAGUUCAUCACUCUCAGAAAUAAGAAAAUCUGUUCUGAGUAACACAAUCGUAAAUCAGCUGUGACAGGGACUAGGAAAAAAUUGGACCCCUUCAGAAACACCCUAUUACAUUUUUGUUCUCACUUAUAUUUCUUCUAACGCAAAGCAGGUUUACAAACUGAGCAGUGGGGACAUCUGUAUGAUCUUGUCAGCGUUAAGUAAAGGUUUUGUUUAUUCACUCUGUGAUCAACUUGUAUCACGAUCACCUAUUGUUAUGGUCAAUCCACGUUACCAUUGGCCAGAUGGGUUGGAAGUACAUCUAUACCCCAUUCGAAUGACCGUUAGAAAAUAAGUUACAUCUUGUUUGAAGGAGAAAAAUGUUUGGAUGGGUUUUGUUUCAUGCGCUGCUUUUCUUUGCCUUUUUGGAAAUUAAAAUCUCUGGCAUGCAGUAAAUGACUAUACAAAGGCCUUUAUUUUUUAAUACUAGAAAAAAGUAAAAAGUCCAGGCCAUCAAGGUUUAUAUUUAAGGGUCAGAAAAAGUUGUUUUUAACUGUUUAGAUAACUCUAUUUUGCAGGUGGUAGAUUUUAAUAAUAUAUAUCUGUUUUCCGUCGAGGAAAAAAGUUGACGCCUGUGUACCAGAUAGAUCGGGCCACCGUUCAGGAAGGUCUAAAAUUGUCACAGUCGCGCCCCCGCCCUGAAUGAGCCACGCCCCCAAAGUUGGUUGACAGUGCUCUGGUGCACUGGGACUAUCCGGUUCGUACGUGUGCCGUCACUUUAAUUUAAACCACGCCCACUGCACAUACACUGCACAUUGAGUUACAUGCAACGAUCACCGUUCAUGUGGAAUAAUGGAACCGGAAGUUAAUGUGCAACUUCAGCGAUAGUCGAAUGGGAGCCUGAAAAUCGUGGUGUGUCCGCCUUUUUGACGAAGUCACUUAUGAACUGGACAGUGUCCAGGCAUGCACACUGAGAGUGCCUUUAUGUGAUGUCUUCCAUGCACUCUGAAAUUCUGUUGUGAAUAAUUACCGGUAUGUUCGUGGAGUUUGCUUUCGAGGUAAAAAAAAAUGCGAAUUGUGUAAUAGUUUUUUAUUGCAGAUAAGUUAAAUUGUUUGCUUAAUGUGUCACUUUGUGGUGAAGAAUAAGAAUAAAAAAUCAUAUUGGUAUCAGUCUUCUAUCAGAUCGUAGAUGCGCACUUUUAUGUUUUAUGAAUGAGCAAUAACAAAUUUAAAACGUUUUCAGCCGCAGCUUCGUAUUAAAUAGUAGCAUAUGUAGUGUAUGUUUAUGUUCUAAUUAAGUACAGGUGUAGUAUAAUUUAUUUGGAAAAUCCUGCACUUUUUAUACCCAAAUCAUUAAAUAUUCAUCAUUUAUGUAUGCUUCCUGCUCACAGGGUUUGCCAGAGAACGAAGCUUGGUCACAAUUUGGUCGUGCUAAUUUUGACAAUCUUUUUGCUGUUAAAGCAAGGAAAAAAUAUCAUUUCAGUGCGAAAACAAAAUAAAGAGAAAUUGCUGGCAACAAAUUCACUGA